UUUUGUCCUAAGGCGUAGUGUGCAUUGAAACGACCAUAUCGUUUUUUCAAGAUGACAGGGAAGGACGAGUUUGUCUCUUACUCGCCUCUCCCCUCAAACCCUAACCCUAACCCUUAUCAGUACCCUUAUCCACCGCCUCAAAACGUCGUCGUUUUGCUCCCCGCAUACAGAUACCGUCUCUACCCUCUAUUUCGCCGCCGUUGCUUUCUCUACUCCGCCGCGCUCGUCCUAUUCCUCCUUCUCGCCGUUGCCGCUUUCCUCUUCUACCCAUCCGACCCGGAGAUCCGGGUCACCCGGAUCCGACUCAACAACAUCGGGAUCCGAACCACUCCGAAGCCAAUCCUCGACCUCUCCUUCGACGUCACCGUCAAGGUUCGCAAUAGGGACUUCUUCUCCCUCUCCUACGACUCCCUCGCCGUCUCCGUCGGCUAUCGCGGCCGCCAGCUAGGGUUCGUCAACUCCGCCGGCGGCGGCCGCAUCGGGAUGCGCCGCUAUUCCUACGUCGACGUCACGCUCAGUGUCGAUGGGUUUGAGGUCAUCUACGAUGCUUUCUACUUGCUGCAAGAUAUAGCCAAGGGUGUGAUUCCAUUCGAUACUGACACGCGAGUUGAAGGGAAAUUGGGGCUUUUCUUCUUCCAUGUCCCUUUGAAGGCAACAGUGUCAUGCGAAGUCUUUGUGAAUAUAAACAAGCAGACAAUUGUACGUCAAGACUGCUAUCCAGAGUCACUGGGUGAUACUCUGGAUCAGAGCCCAUAUAAUGGAACUGGAGAUGCAUGAUGUGGUAUUAGUCCUUAGCAUCAUUUGUUUAUACAACGGCGGUGGUGUGCGGUUCAUUGCAUUACUUUUACCAUGCUGUAUAUUUUGUAUAUGGAUCACGCCCUUGUAAAUUCUGGUUGAGCAGAGACAACCAGCAUCUUGUAUUUAAUGCUUGAACGAAGUGAAUUUAAUGAAAGUGGUACCGGAGAGUUUGUGAGUACUGUGGGUAUGAAAUAAAAAUAUGAAAGUUUUCCUGAUAAUACGAUUUUA